AUGGAGGUCCACAUCAAGCAAAACGCCUCGCUGUCACUGACCAACACCUUCAAUGGCUCCGACUGUAACAGCAUAGACUUUAACCCCUUCUCGCUCCUUUACCUCUUAAUGUUCCCCUUGGCUUUACUGCUUAACAGCGUGGCUGCCUGGGUCUCCAUGCACCUCAACUCCACCACCACAUUCAUAGUCUAUCUCAAAAACCUCAUAGGCGCAGACUUCAUUUUGACUCUCACUCUUCCAACCAUUGCCGCGAGUGACCUUCCCAAUUCACCGCACCGUAUAUUCAUCCUCUCCUGUCGCUUUUUCACUGUCAUAUUUUACAGCGCAUUAUACACCAGCAUCACAUUCUUGGGUCUCAUAAGUUUAGAUCGUUUCACCAAGAUUGUCACUCCACAGAGCAAGUUCGGUCAAAGUGUAACAGUGAGCUCAGUUGUAUCAGCAGCAGUGUGGCUGAUCGUUUUUGUUAUCCCUGCGUUAUUGACAAUGAUUUUGAGCAACAAAGACGGGAAUGAAACCGAGAUUAAGACAUGCAUAGACACAAAAGUUCCAGCUGGGAUACUUUUCCAUCAAUACCUGACAAUAUCUUUGAAUGUUUAUUUCUGGGUUGUCAGCGUUGUUGUUGUCAUUUGCUACAUCUGCAUAACAAAUAAAGUCAUACAGUCUUUUAGAAACUCAGGUAGUAAUAACAGCAAGGGGAAGCAGAAAAUAAAGUUGCGGGUUUUCAUGGUGCUUGUAACCUUUUUUGUGUCGUUCGGCCUAUAUCACAUAAUAAGGAUCCCAUAUACUUUUGCGCAGGUAAACUCUGACAUUAACUGUUCGUACUUGUGGAGCAUCAAAGAAUUUAGUUUAUGGUUGGCGACUAACAACAUCUGUCUGGAUCCACUUCUCUAUGUGUUUCUAUGCCGAGAGUUCAAUGAGAAACUGUUGUCGUUACUGAGCAAUGUGCCAUGCUUGUUCAACAUAUUUAGGAGGAUAUUCCCUGAUUCUGGUGAAUAG